AUGUCCUCCUCAAGCAAAUAUCCAGGAAAAUCUCUCAAAUCUCUCAUUUCCUCUCGUUCAGAAAUUAAUUCCAAAUUUCCUCAUCUCUAUGAUGCCAUUAUCAUCACUUCCAACGGAGAUGCCAUUCCAUUCUUUCAAUUAUUCAUGCAAAUCAAUGCUCCAGACAUUGCACCACUCAAAAAGGAAAAGAAUGGGGUUGUGACUUACAAAGUCAAUUACGACACUGAAGUGACCAUCAAAGCGCUCGAAUACAUCUUGACAGGUAAAAUCAAUAAGGAAUUUGAAAAUUACAAAAAAGUUGAAGAAUUUUUGAAAACUUCAGGAACCCAAUCGGCCAAAUGGAUCAAGUACACACUUCCAAACAUUGCCGACAAGUUACCACUUACUGAUGUUUGUUUGAAAUCAAAAUUGUUGAAACAACCCAUUCAAAUGCAUCGAUUGGUGAUGGCCAGCCAUUGCACUUGGUUUCGAACUCAUUUGGCCAAAACUGCUCCCUCUGCAAACAAACCAACCUCUGUUCCUUCCAUUCCUUAUGUGAUUCCUGAAACGUAUGUGAAAUACUUGACACAAAAAAAGGAAAAUUAUUUCACGUCACCGUUGGAAUUGGAUUUGGACUCCUUUGAACCUCCUUCUGAAAAGCAUAUUCGAGCGUUGGUUCAUUUCUGUUACAAUGACGACUUGGAUGCAGCUUGUGAAAAGUUUGGAAUCACUUCUGAAGAUGAAAUGAAUCAAAUGUUUCAAUUUGCUGAGAAAAUUGGUUUGAUUGGCAUUCAAGGUGAAUAUGCGAAAAGACUUUCUAAAAACAUGUCUCUUCAAAAUGUUGGAAGAAUUUUCAGCUUGUCCACAAAGGGAGAGGAACAAGAGGUGCAUGAUAAAGCUGUUCAAUUCAUUUUAUCAAAUUGGAGUGUGUUGAGAAAGGGUGUUUUGAAGAACCAAAUGAAUUCAGAGGAAGAAAAUCUCUUGUAUGAGCAAGUGAGUGGAAUUGCAAACAUGUUUUGUCUUCACAAAAAGAAUGGUUUGAUGUAA